AUGCUUGUUACAAGGCAAUACGACACGGAACAUAGCCGCUGGCCAUUCAGCAGAUACGAACCAUCUCGUAACGCAUCUAGCCAUCGCAUGUCGAACUCUUACGAUAUCAAUGUCGAUCUGCCGGCACCUUCGAGCUGGCAAGGACACAACUCCGGUUCUUCCCAUAUAUACUCGUCCCAUUUCCAAACGGCAGACCACAGUGUGACUCCUCUGUCAGGACCGAAGCAACCAGUACUCCAGCAUGAUAGCUAUGGGAUGAAACCCAGCAUUUCGACAACGGAGGAAGCUGGUCAUGCCUCGCAAGCAGGAACAACUGGCAACUUUGCGCCCCUGGAUCGCUCAACAUCCGAACUUUCCAGAGUCAACUCGCCACUGGACGAAGAAGACGACCUUGAUGAGGACGAUAUGCUUGAUGGUGACGAGAACUCGUCUCAAACCGCCGCAGAGCGAGCGGCUGCUCGACGCAAGAUGAAGCGAUUCAGGCUCACCCAUCAACAAACCCGAUUCCUCAUGAGCGAGUUUGCAAAGCAGCCUCACCCCGAUGCCGCACAUCGCGAGCGAUUGUCGAGGGAAAUUCCCGGACUAAGCUCCCGCCAGGUUCAGGUGUGGUUCCAGAACCGACGUGCCAAAAUCAAGCGCCUUAAUGUUGACGACCGCGACCGUAUGAUUAAGAUGAGGGCAGUCCCUGAAGGCUUCGAUAAUGUCCAGGCACUUCACUCUCCUUAUGGUGCAGUUCACGGCAUGAAUUCUUCCAUGCCCUCACCGGGACAAUUCAACACUCAGUCAUACGCUCAACACAUGAUGAGACCUAUGAUCGUCGACGCUCGAAGGAAUGAUACACACGAUCACUCUUCACCGACUGGCUUGACCCCGGGGUUUGGUGGAAUGGCAUACAGCCCUGCUGGCAGCAUCGCCAGCUCUAGCUUAGCAUCGCCACUUUCUCCAGCCUCGAGCGAUCGAUACCAGUACGGCGGCCAUUUUUCUGCCCCUCUCGCGGGUAGCCCGAGAACUUCGCACCCGUUCGGACAACAGCACGGGCUCGGCACCCCUAUUGACAUCCAUCGUUCAAGCCCUCAUCCUAUUCCGCCGCCGUUGCUUCGUGAGUCACUAUCUCGAGCCAGGUCAGAGUCGUCACAGUCGCCGCUACGAUCCACCAUGGCAUGGAAAGCGGAUGUCGUUGACUACACGUACCGAGGGGCGAGCAGCACGAGUCCAAGCCUCUCUGACCGACAACCACCUCUGUAUCAGCCAACACCUAUAACGCACUCCUCUAGUGGUAUCAGCGGCUAUGCCACCACCUCCACCCCCAACACCAGGACACCUCCAGGAACCCAAGCAUCAAGGGCAGGUAUUUGA